AUGACAGCCAACUUAGAUUUACACGACGAAAAGAAUCACACGAAAACAGUUGUUCAAUACCAAAGCAUGCAUUCCUUUGAAAUUAGCAACGAACCUGAUAAGGUGUCAAAAGUCGAGCGUAGAAUGUGGCUAGGUAAUAUCAACUGGUCAACUCAUCAGAUUGAACUUCACUAUGGUAUUGAUAUGUUGGCUUUUACUACCACGAUCUGCUACGAGCCUGACGUGGAUUUGCACAGGUUACGUGAACAUUUUGGUACUAAUUACGUCGAUAAAUUAUUCUUUCAUAUACUGGCAUUUGAAGCUAACAAAAUUCUCAGCCUUGGUCCUANUUCACAAAAACUCAAAGAUCCACACAUCAGAUUACACAAUCCGAGGAAAACAUUGAACAUCUAUAAUCAAAUCAGCAACCAACUGAGAUCUCUGAAUAGCAAAUAG